GGCCCCGGGCCGGCGCCCGCCGCCUGGCGGCCACGCACCUGCACUACGAGCUGCAGUAUGUGCACCUGGUGGUGGUGAGCCUGAACGAGGCGCUGGGCCGGCCGCUGCCGCCCCGAGAGGUGCGCCACAGCCUCCACGGACCGCUGGCCAUGAAUCUGGGCUUUGACCGCACUGAUGAUGAAUGUACCGACGACGGUCCGUGGAAGGCCCUGCGUCUAGACGAGGAGGUGGGGCUGAUCGUCGGAGCGGCGGCCGACGCGGUGGAGGCGGAGGUCGCCCUGCCGCCUGCGCACCGCCCGCGGCCCGACACGGCAGACGAAGGCGUCUUAGACCAGUCGGCCUGCUCUUCAGCGUCUGGAGGCCCUCAGAUCGUGCCGGCGGCGGCGGCCGCUCGCGGGGCUCGAAAGCGCAAGCGGCCCCGUACCAACUCCUGCGUCCGAAAGAAGAAACGUCGGAGCAGCAAGCGGCGGUGAACGAGGCAUCCGCUCAGUGGACCGUCUGUAUCCGAUGGCGUGCUUCGCGUGUGUCAUGUGGACCUGUGGAACGCAACCAAGUUCCGUUCAAUCGUAGCUGGGGAGGCGAAUGCAAGUUAAUGAGCCCUUGGAUAGUAGCAUUCGCUUCUAUGCUUUAGAUGAGCGCGCCUCUGAAAGUAAAACAUGCGAGGUCAUUUGGUAAGCUGGCAAUCGCUCGGCUUCACAAACAUAUCUCAAGCGUAUCUUUCCAUUAUUGGUAGUGUUUGGUCAGAUUGGAAAUAUUGCGGGAAGAAUGGAGGCGUGCAGUGUUGUUUUGUAAUUUUGGUACUGUGUGAUUGACGCCUUCUCGGAGAUGUGUUGGACGGUGCUGUGAUAACGUAGGUUAUGUCACGCUGUAAUGUCAGUUAGCGAUAAAAUCAACUAACUUUGUGUUUGGAUGCACCUCGUAUUGAAUCCGCUCGCUGUUCUGUGACUUCGAUGUUUGAAUGAUCGCAUCGGCUUUGGUUUCGUCCCGGGAAAAUAUACAAAUAUAAAUUAU